GCGCCGCUCACUGGACCAGUAGAAUUGUUCGUCAGUCGGUCGGUCCGUGUAUUUAGAGUUGUUACCUGUGAGUACGAGGAGCUGACGAUCGUGUGAAGAACAUGACAGUGAAGGCGCUGGAGCACGCGACAUCGGGCGCGGGGGCGAGUCGCGUGCGCGGGUACUUGCGCCAGGCACUGAUGGUGGCGCUCAUCAACGUGCCGGCGGUGUCGUUCGGGCUGGCGGUGGGCUGGGUGUCGCUGGCGAGCGGCGAGUCCGGCGGUGGAGACGGCGCGGUGGACGAGACGCAGGCGGUGGUGGCGGCGGGCACCACGUACCUGGCGUCACUGGCGGGGGUGCCGCUGUGUGCGCGGGCGCUCGCCGCCGGCAGAAAGCCUGCUGUCAUUGCCACCUCCGCUGCUUUUGUGGCUUGCUGGUGUCUGAAGCUGUGUGGCGGCGGAUGGUGGGUGGUGGCGGCGCGCGCCUGCGCCGGUGUGGGCGGCGCGGGCGCCUGGUGCCUAGCGCCGCUGCUGGCGCGCGAGAUGUGCGAGGAGGCGGUGCGCGGCGCGGCGGUGUCGGCGCUGGUGGUGGCGCACAACCUCGGCUUCCUGCUCAUGUACCUCGCCGCCGACGCACGCGUGCUAUACAGUGUGGUACUGUGGAGCUGCCUGGCGCUGUCGGCCGUGCACUGCGCGGUGUUUCUGCUGGUACCAGAGUCGCCUGCGUACCUGGCCGCCGUCGGCAGAACUGACGAGGCGCGCGCGGCGCUGGCGUGGCUGCGCGGGCUGCCGACGGACGCGGCGGCGCUGCAGCACGAGCUGCGCGCGCUGCCGGCGCCCGACCAGCACCUCGCCUCGCCGUACAGCCUCACUAAACGUUUCUUGAGCGAGCCGCGGCGGCGGCGCACGUUCUGGCUGGUGCUGGCGGCGGUGGUGGGGCAGGAGGCCUGCGGCGUGCUGGCGCUGCUGCAGUACGCCGAGCGAGUGUUCGUGCUGGCGCGGGACCAGGGCCCCGCCGCCGCCGGCGCCGCGCAGCUCGCCAGCCCCGCGCGACACGCCGUGCUACUCGGCGCGACGCAACUCCUGGCUUCUGUGCUGGCUCUUUACCUCAUUGAGAAAGUCGGCAGGAAGAAGCUGAUGGUGUGGUGCGGAGUGGCGACGGGCGCAUGCCUGUGCGGGGGCGCGGGCGCGGUGUGGGUGGGCGCGGCGGGCUGGGGGGCGGGGGGCGCGGCAAGCUGGUGGGCAGGGGGCGCGCUGGCCGGCGCCGUGUUCGCGGACUCGGCAGGGCUGCAGCCCGCACCGUACGCCAUGCUGGCGGACGCGUUCGAGUACGAGUUCCGCGAGUGCGCGGUGAUGUUGGUGAGCGCGGCGGCGUGGGCCGGCAACGCGGUGGAGGUGUUGGUGUUCCCGCUGGUGGCGCACGGCGCCGGGCUGGCGCCGACGCUGGCGCUGGCGGGGGCGCUGACGCUGGCGCUGGCGAUGUUCGCGGCGCUGGCGCUGCCCGAGACCCGCGCCCGGACGCCGCACCAGAUAUACGACGCUGUUUGCCCGCCGCCAGCGGAGCCUUGCACUACUCUCCACUCGGUCGCAUGCAGUAAGACGACGAGUACUAAAAUCGGCGAGACGAGGAGAGGUGGCAGCAUGGGCCUGCUGGACAAGCUGUCGGUGUGGCUGGGCCGCGGCCGCACCGAGGUCACGGUGCUGGUGCUGGGGCUCGACAACAGCGGCAAGAGCACGCUGCUGGCCGCGCUGCGGCCGCCGGACGCGCGCGCGCCAGACACGCGCCCGCCGCACGCCGCGCCCACCGUCGGACACUGCCAGGACCACUUCACCAGUGGCGGCGUGUCGUUCAGCGCGUGGGACGUGUCGGGCGCGGCGCGGCACCGCGCGCUGUGGGAGCGCCACUACCGCCGCGCGCACGCGCUCAUCUUCGUCGUGGACUCCGCCGACCACCUGCGCCUCGGUCAGUACUGCCACAGUGCCACAUCACUUCACUCUUGCACAAUUCGUCGUGGAUUUAAACGCUUUGACUAUAUCCUUUCAUGA